AUGGUGUCCAGACUCUGGCGAGUGAAUCGAGGAUACAUCCUUUGUGGCGGACUCUGCUUGGGGUACAUAACAGGGCGACGGGAUGGGUACAACGUCGGAGAAUUAAGUGGCUACACAAGAGGCAUGAACGUCGGAUACAGUAAGGGCAAGGAAGAUGCCGAGAACGCCGCGGAAGAGACGAAAGCCGCCGAGAAGCGCAAAGCCGAAGAAGACGAGCUAGCGAAAGCACGGAAGGCUCUAAUCUGGAAAGUGAUUGCGGGAGGCGUCCUUGCUCUGCCCACAGGCGGCCUCAGUUUGAUCCCUGCAGGAGCUUCCGCUUUGAUGACGUUUCACAGAUACGACGGUCAGAAGCUUUACUACGCAAAAGUUCAGACA